AUGCCCCCGAUCCUACCUGCUGGCAACCAACAGCAACAACAACAAAUGGUUUCCAGUCUCCUCAGAGCAACCCCAGGAAGUGCAGGAUUGGACCUCUGUUCCUCCACCUACACAGUAUUAACUCCUGAGAUGGGAGUUCAAGCUCUGCCUACGGGCAUAGUUGGCCCCAUUCCAAAAGGAAUUGUUUGUCUGUUAUUAGGCCGCAGUAGCUUGGAAUUGAGAGGCCUACAUAUUACCCCAGGAGUGAUAUAUCAAGUCUAUACUGGAGAAAUAAAAAUUAUGGCCUCAGCGCCUACUGGAGUUAUAUCUAUUUCUGCUGGGCAAAGAAUCACUCAGCUGGUCCUAGUUCCUUUAAUCUCUGUUGGAAAUUCUGUUACUUCUGUCCCUAGAGGCACAAAAUAUUUUGGGGCCUCAGAUGUAAUUUGGAUUCAAAAUAUAAAACAAGGAAGGCCUGAACUUAUAAUUUAUAUUCAAGAAAAGCCUUUUCAAGGUGUGCUGGAUACUGGAGCAUAUGUAUCUGUAAUAGCGAAAAAAUAUUGGCCUUCUCACUGGCCCCUUAUUGUCUCUCUCACAUCCUUAAAAGGAAUUGGCCAUGCUAUAGAUCCACAGCAAUGCAGUGCUAUUCUCAAUUGGAAAGAUGAUGAGGGCCAUUCUGGAACUUUUCAGCCUUAUGUGCUGGAUCAUUUGCCCAUUAAUUUGUGGGGGAGAGAUAUUAUGGAAAAAAUGGGAGUUUAUUUGUUGAGUCCAAAUGAUGUAGUCACUCGACAACUCUUAGAUCAAGGACUGUUACCUUCAGGGGGACUAGGGAUUGAUCAACAAGGCAUUCGAGAGCCCAUUCAGCCACAGCCCCGACCAAAUAGACUAGGUUUAGGAUAUUUUUAG